AUGAGCUCGGGAGAGAUCCAACGCUCCAAGGAUGGCGUCCCAGCUUGGGACGGAGACGCCACCAGCUUCCAAGAUUAUGAAGAACAAGCUCGUUGGGACGAGCCAGCGGACACUCCUCAAGAAGACGACGAUGACCAGUGGUAUGACCCGCCAAGUGAAGCGCCAGAAGCAGCAUCUUGGCAUGCUUCGAGCUACGGCUAUGGCUACCAUGAAGGUACCGAUGAUGAGCCCUGGAAGCUUCAUGCAGAAGAGCUAUUACCAGAAUUUCUUCAGGGCUGGUACCUUCUGGCUGACUCCGGCCUAGACAGUCUCGAAAGAAACAUGGUCCAAACAGCGCUUCAAGAAGAUUUCUCAGUUCAAAGAGUUGCCAAAGAGUUACGGCUGCAGUGGCCGGACGAAGAAUUGAAGCGCAGAGAUCAACAGACCAAGAAUGCCGGCUUCUGGGCAAAUGAGCCCGAUCAAGAACUUGAUCUGGAGGAUGGACCCGAUGUGGGUCUAUGGAUGGAUGAUUUGACGGGACAGGGACAUGCUCUCUUCCAGGCGGCAGAAGAGCAGGCCCAGGAGGCCUAUGCAGCCAUACAACAGGCUCGAAGGACCUUGAAAGAGGCCCGUUCUCGACAGCACCAAGUGAAGCUUUCCCGCCAGUACUACAAGACGACUUUUCAGCGACCUCACCGUCCAUAUCCUCCCAGGUCAGAUGGCAUGACCUGCCUCAAGUGUGGCAAAGGUCACCGCACCAAUGAGUGUCCAGAGAAGCAGAACUCAGAUGGCAAGCACCAGAGCCAUGUGACCGAGGAGGCACCAUUUGUGUGCUACUCCGAAGAGGCCGCACUGGCCACCAAUGGCAUUGACCAAUGCCGGACCACCUAUGAAGCAGUACAGGCAGGCUGUGCUGUCAUUGAUGGUGGGGCUACCAAGACCUUAGGCAGUGUGGAAGCGAUUCAGGCCGUCAUGGACCAGAACAUCGCCAAGCAUGGCAGCAGUCGAAUCCAAGAGGUCGAUUUCGUGACAGUGCCCAACAUGGUGAGCCAAAUGAAGAAAGCCGACCUGAUGGCAGCCCUCGAGGAAUUCGGGGAGACCCCACCGGCCAAGUGGACGGUGACCGAACUCCGAAGUCGCCUUCUGCAACUCCACGAGGAGCAUGGCAUCAACCUCAGCAAGAACAAGCGCACCGAAUUGCGCGAGAUGGUGAUCCAGUUGAACAAAGCCAGUGCCCGCAAAAGCACCGUGGCUCAGCACUGUGCCGAUCUGGGCAUUGCACAGAGCGGCAACGAAACCAAGGCGCAGCUCCAGAAGGCUGCGAUGAUCCGCAUCUACAAGACCAGCAAGCCCGAUGCCUACGAUCCAGUGGGUUUCGGGAAGGGAGCCUCCUUGACCUACGCGGAGAUCAAGGAGGACAAACAAUACUGCACGUGGGUGAAGACCACAUGGCAGGAGGAUCCCAAUGCGUGCUGCCCACAGCUGGCACGCCUAGCACAAUGGCUCCUGAAUCAGGAUGUCAAGAUGACCAAGGACUCCGAGCCGACUCGCACCAAGACCGGGUACCGCACUCAGGAGCCCGAGCCAAAGGUGGUGUCACUCAAACAAGAGCCCAAGGGGACUCCAGCCCGCAGCAGCGCUGCGAGCAGCGCCAGUGUGUCCUCCUCGACUCAGGCCUUGGAGCUGAUCCAACAUCUCGCCGAGACCAUGAAAGAGCUGAAGGAGGAGAUCGUCGAAGUGAAGGGCAAUAUGAACCCUCGCAAGGAGCGGAAGUCACGGGGGUCGGAAGGAACCUCAGACAGCUUCGACAUGAUCUGA